AAGCAGUUUUAGGCAGCUUAGGCGCUUUAGAACUGGAGGAUCACAUGCCUUCCUAUCACAAUAGUCAAAAGCAGUUGACAGCCAGUAGCAGAAGAAGUUAGGACCAGGCCCCAGAUGCCUCCCUCCUCCGUGGGUCUCACAGGGCUUUGCCUAUGUGGGGCCCCGAGAAAACAUGGAGGAGCUGAGUGAAGCCCUAGCGAGCAGUUUCUCAGUCUCCCAAGACCUGAACAGCCCCUCGGCACCUCACCCUCGCCUGUCACAGUACAAGUCCAAGUACAGCUCCUUGGAACAGGGCGAAAGGCGCCGGAAACUCCUGGAGCUUCAGAAGUCCAAGAGGCUAGACUAUGUGAAUCAUGCCAGGAGAUUGGCCGAGGAUGACUGGGCGGGGAUGGAUAAUGAAGAUGAUAAGGAAGAGGAAGGGAUGGAUGUUGACACUGGCAAGAAGCUGCCAAGGCGCUAUGCUAACCAGUUGAUGCUGUCUGAGUGGCUGAUUGAUGUCCCUUCAGAUCUGGGGCAGGAGUGGAUUGUGGUGGUGUGUCCCGUGGGGAAAAGAGCCCUUGUUGUGGCGUCCAAGGGUUCCACUAUGGCCUACACCAAGAGCGGAUACUGUGUCAACAGGUUUCCUUCCUUGCUUCCCGGAGGCAACAAGCACACCUCAUCGACGGGGAAAGACUACACAAUCCUGGAUUGCAUCUACAGUGAACUGAACCAGACCUACUAUGUUCUAGACGUAAUGUGCUGGAGGGGACACCCUGUCUAUGACUGCCAGACUGAUUUUAGAUUCUACUGGAUGCAUUCAAAGUUACCAGAAGAGCAAGGACUGGGAGAGAAAACCAGGCUUAAUCCAUUUAAAUUUGUAGGUCUAAAGAAUUUCCCAUGUACUCCAGAGAGCCUAUGCAAGGUCUUAUCCAUGGACUUCCCUUUUGAGGUAGAUGGGCUCCUUUUCUAUCACAAGCAGACGCACUAUAGCCCAGGCAGCACUCCAUUGGUUGGCUGGCUUCGCCCGUACAUGGUGUCUGAUGUCCUCGGCGUGACGGUGCCAGCUGGUCCUCUGACCACCAAGCCUGACUAUGCUGUCCAUCAGCUCCAGCAGAUCAUCGAACACAAGAGGAGUAAAAAGGAAGCCAACGAAAUGCAUCUUGAUGAGGCUUCUGAGAAUGGACGCUAUGAACUGGAGUACCUGUCCACCCCGAAGCUGGCCGAUGCUCCCAACAGCCAGAUGGAAGCCACGAGCCUCAUGGAAAACUGAUGAGCUCCUUUGUCCAAGGGACCAAGAAGAGACACAUGCCCUCGUCCCUCUGUGAACUGUUCCUGCCAUCGCUUGUUGCUUACCUGAAGGGCCGAGCCGGAGGCCUGGAGACAAGACCCGAGUCCACCCCAUUCUGUCAGACACACCUGAGCAUCGAGAGCCUGAGCUGAGACACCCCCGAUCCCCAUCCCCAUUCCCUGGCAAGGAGAUAGAUGUUCCCAGGAUGGAGAGUGCUGCCUGGCAAGACCUCAUGGCAGUUUCCCCAAGCAGACAGUGUUCAGGUUGAGUCGAGCAAUUCUGAUGGCUAAAAGUGUAUCUCAGACAUGCUGUGUAAAUGUAUGGAAUUUCUAAGAACUGA